UGAUCGUGGUAACGUCGUGUUGGACAAGCUAUUAUCUGUCCAGGACCAUGAUACAGCCGCCUGUUCCGAUAAUCUGAAAUUUGCUUCUCACAAAAUUUCAGUCUUCUGAACUUAUUCCGUUUUGGUAGUUUCUACUCGCGUGCGGCGAAUCAGUGUUGCUUUUGUGCGGAAUUUUUCGGGUUUAAACUUUGCGAAUUGCAAUUGUAAUUGUGUAUGUGCUCUAAAAUAAGGAUCUCUAUAAUAUUUUGAUUGUCGUGGGCUAAAGAUCUCUCCAGAAAUCACAAGAUCAUCGUUCCGACGCAUCGCGAUCUUCUGCAACUGCUGGACUUAGUGUGCGCAUUAAGAAACUGAACACGUUUAAAACAGAAACAGUGCGGUAUUGCGGUUCGUGUGUGAUGAAGUGUUCUAAUUGAGUAUCUCACUCCGAUCGGCAGGCAGUUAAAUGAUUAUGGAGAUGACCAACGAAAGCGCCGCGAGAUGGUACGAGCCGCCGCGCGCGGGCAAUUCGGUGAGCCCGUCGCACCAGGGCGCCACCGCCGAGGGGGCCGUCGCGUCGGACAUUAACACCAGCGUCGCUGAGCACAUGGGCGCGUUCUUCCUGGACCCAUCUGGAACGCAGAGGGCUGCUAGGUACUACCAUCAGAGUAUGCACUCGCCCUACGGCGCAGUGACAAGUCAUGCAUCGCGAAUGUCAUCGGGACAAGUAUGCCGACCACACUUCCACGCACCAAUCCACCCAUGGUUAUCAGACUCAAAACCGUUAAACCAUCCCAGCCAUCCAUGGGUGCCCUUUGGUGGCGGUGAUCCUGACAAGUCACAGUCGCCUUCAUCGGUGCCCGUCUCACAGCCGCACAACCUCUUCUCGUUCCCGCCGACGCCGCCCAAGGACAGCACGCCCGACUCGAUCGCCCCCGCUGGCGGCCAGGAGUACCAGAGCGUCGUGGCGGCGGCGAUGGGCGCAUUCAUGCACGAGAACCAGCAGAGCUGCGCGCUGGACAUCAAGCCGUCGGUUGGCGGCGGUGGUGGUGGCGGUGCCGCCGCGAGCAACAAACAACGCGAAGGUAGUGACUAUGAGGGAACAUCGACAGGCAUGUUCAAUGGUAACUUUGAGAGCUCGUACGGCUCUGCGUAUGGCCACGGUAUUCAUGGUGCAGUGUAUUCGCCGCAAAAGCAACAGUUUACCGGACAGGGCGCGCAGUCGCCGAAUAAGCCACGGAACAAGUCGAGAACGAGCGCCGAAGGACGUGAAUGUGUCAACUGCGGAGCGACAAGUACACCUCUAUGGCGUCGCGACGGCACCGGUCAUUAUCUGUGCAACGCCUGCGGUUUAUACUACAAGAUGAACGGACAGAAUCGCCCACUAAUCAAACCAAAACGAAGACUGUCCUUGCAGAGCUUACAAAGCGCGGCGAGACGGGCGGGCACCAGCUGCGCAAACUGCAAGACGACGACGACAACCCUCUGGCGGCGAAAUCAGAAUGGAGAACCCGUUUGCAACGCCUGCGGACUCUACUACAAACUGCACAACGUGAAUAGACCGCUGACGAUGAAGAAGGAUGGUAUCCAAACAAGAAAUCGCAAACUUUCGUCAAAGAGUAAGAAGAAGAAGUCGGGCGGGACGUGUCUGUCGCUUGGCGGUAUGAUGAGCGACAUGAUGAAGCCGUUGGACAGCAAGGGCGCGUUUGGUGGCGGUGGGUUUGGCGGUGGCAUGGGCGGCGGACAUCCGCAUCUCAAUCCAGCGAUACACCCGCACCAUGCGAUGAGCCAUUGGUAUCAGCACGGCGGGCAUCCGCAAGGUUUCGUCAGUGCUCCGCCGCCGCCGGCGCCGCCACCCGCCGCUUCCUAUCAUCAUCACAUGAGCUCGUUGAGUGCUGCCGGUUUAGGUCUUACAACAUCAAAUGGAAUGUCUGGAUGGCGGUCCGAAUACACGUGAUAAGUUAGCAGUUUUUAACGUAAUGACUAAGUUAAGUAAGUGUAAAUAUAAAAUUUUAUGAAAUAUGUAAAGAAAAUAUUGUCACACAAAAAACAAUGAAAUUCAGUGUGAUAAUUUGAAGCGGGCGAUACACAAAUUGCAACCAACACAGAUUCAUCCAAUGCUCACGUAAACAUUAAGGCGGAAAUUGAAUGACACUUUCCAAUUCUAAUUCACACACCAACACAACACAACCACCACGCCCUCCAGUUUGCUCUCCGAUAGAUACAUUUGUAUAAAGUAACCAAUUUCUACAUUUAGUCGGGUCUUUUAUCUCACCCAAUUCGAUACAUCUUAUACUCAGAUACAUCAUAUGCCGACGAUUUGUAAAGUAAAAUAAUCUAAGUACAAAAUUGAUUUAAAUGAAGAAAAUCGAUAAGGAUUAUAAAUAUACAUAAAGUAAAUUAUAAAAACAAAUAAAGCAUAUGUAAGAAGUUUUUAAAUAUACGUGAACGGAACGGUAAUGUUGUCACAAAACACAAAACCAACCACAUUGUAAGAAUUGUAACUUUGUAAAUAGAUGUUAGAUAUUGUUUUAGAGCAUUUUUUAAGCGUAUAUAUGAAAUAUAAAUAACAAAUAAAUAUUGUAAAUAAAUAAAGAAAAAAAACGUGAAAGUAUAUAAUGGUAAUACAAAUGAUUAAAAUAUACGAAAGUAAUAUUUAAUUGAAAGUGAAAUGUGAAAUAUUGUGAAUGUGAAUUGACGACAUUUUCAUGUACGACGACCGAAAUGAAAUGUAACGAUGUAAUAGACAAACAAUACCUACGUGCAAUCUAAAAGUAUCAUGUACGAUAUUUGAUAUUUGUUCACAGCCGACAUCAAGUCAAUGUUUUUAAACAUAUUGCCAGUAAAGUUGAAUUGAUGCUCUUAAAAGUAAGUCAAAAAUUACAACCGCAAACAAAACAUUCUCCUUUCAGUUGUCAUAAUCACAAAUGUUUGUGCAUUCAUUAUCAGCGGUUUGUUCCACUGAAAUUUAUAGAAAGACUGCGUUCCAAUCAAGUUCAAACAAUUUUUUUUAUAAAUUUUAUAACCACGCUGGAUAGUAAUCGAAAAUCUGAUGAAAUUUUGUUCGCUGUGUAAGUGUAUAAUUUAUUUAAACAAAAAGAAAAUGUUUAUAUAGUACAAAUGCCUAUUUUAUAACUUAUUUAUUUUAAUAUUUCGUGUUAAUUAAUUUAAUUUAAAUUUAUACAUAUUGUGACAUUGAAAAAUUGAUUCAUCGAUCAAUCGACAAUGAUGAUUAUUGUGAUGCGAGCAAAAUUUCGAGCGGAUUUCGACGAUAGGAACAAAAAUUGAUUUUCGUAUACAGUGAAUUGAGCCACAUUGCAAUCCACGAUGUAAAUUGCAUGUUCAGUUUAGGGAAUUAAUUUUAAAUUCGACGUGUGUAUUUAAUGAUCAAAUAGCGAUUGAAGCAAUUGACACGAAACCAAUGCAAAUUGAACUCAACAAUUGACAACAAAUCAAUGUAAAUUUGACAAACAAUUGAACAAAUAAUUAUUAAUUACAUUUGUAAAUAAACUUGAUGUAUGUAUAUGCUCUUUGUGUGAUACAUAAAUAAAUAAAUAUUUAAAAAUAG